GGGCCGAGUUGAGCGCUCUUCGGAGUCCUACUUCCGUGAAGGAUUUGAUUGCCAUGGCGGAGGAUCAGCCUGUUUGUAGCUUCCUCUUCAAAAAGCGUCGCUCCGCGCCCGGAAGGGCUCAACGUAAAAGGCCGAGCAGCGACCAGGAUGCCGGUAGCAGCAGUGAUGAAGGCAGCACUGUAGUCAGGAAGGAGAGACGAAAGGAAGUUUCCAACCCCAUGAUUCAGAAGACGAAGAAAAGUAUGAAAACAAAGACUUCCUAUGGGUCAAGCAGUAGUGAUGAUGAUAACAAACCUGAAGGAAUUGGAAUUGCAUAUAAAUCAACACGAUCUGCGAAACCUGUGGGUCCAGAGGACAUGGGUGCAACAGCUGUAUAUGAAUUGGACACAGAGAAGGACAAAGAUGCCCAAGCCAUUUUUGAACGCAGCCAGCAAAUCCAGAAGGAACUUCAAGGAAAGGAAGACGAUAAGAUUUAUCGAGGAAUUAAUAAUUAUCAAAAGUACGUAAAACCAAAAGAUACAUCCAUGGGAAAUGCUUCUUCAGGCAUGGUAAGGAAGGGACCAAUCCGAGCCCCAGAACAUCUCAGGGCCACUGUGAGGUGGGAUUACCAGCCUGAUAUAUGUAAAGACUACAAGGAAACUGGAUUUUGUGGCUUUGGAGAUAGCUGCAAAUUUCUGCAUGACCGAUCAGAUUAUAAACAUGGGUGGCAAAUUGAGCGGGAACUGGAUGAGGGACGCUAUGGACUUAAUGAUGAUGAAAAUUAUGAAGUAAGUAGUGAUGAAGAUGAACUGCCUUUCAAGUGUUUUAUUUGCAGAAGCUCCUUCAAGAAUCCUGUGGUAACCAAGUGUAAACAUUACUUUUGUGAAAACUGUGCCCUACAACAUUAUCGCAAGUCUCAGCGAUGUUAUGUUUGUGACAAACAGACUAAUGGUGUCUUCAAUCCAGCCAAAGAAUUGUUAACAAAACUGGAAAAGCAUAAGGCUGAAGAAAGUCCCCUUGAAGAUGCUGGAGAGCAAGAUUAGCAUUUUUUAAUCAUUUUCAUGCCUUACAUCGUCCAGAGAAAUAAUUUGAUUGCAGAAUAAAUAAUUUAUAGAAAAACA